AUGAAGACUCGCUGGUUUACGCGAAGUCAAAGAGAACAGGGCAGCAAUGGUAUGUUAACGUCGAGCGAACGCAGUGCCAUGCUGACCGACAGCGAGCGAACUCGCAACGAGAGCAUUGAUUUUGAUAUAGACUUUUCCGUGACGGAGAGCGGCCGGACUGUGGCUCAUAUGAUUGACGCGGCUACCAAGAGUAGUAAUGACGGUGAGUUUGACUUUUCCAUUACCAGUUCGGGCAGAACCAUCGAACACAUUAUGCAAGACCACGCCAUGAACAAGACUCCUGCUGCUACGAGAAAUAAUAUCAACGACAACAACAGCAACACUACCCACAGCAACAACAAUACCAGUAACAAUAGCAGCGCUACUCAUGCCAAUCUUCCAACUGGUGUCCCGGCAGUCAGAGCUACAAUCUCCAAUCCGCUGACCAUUCCUCCCCAAGCUGCAACCAAGUCUCCUGCAAGAGCCAUUCCUCCACCCAACGGCUCCCUUCUUCAUACCAAUAACAAUAGCAGUACGAAUGGGAAUGCACAUACAGGGUCGCAAGAUUCAUCCGGAAGCAACUUUCUCAGUGGCAUUCUUAACGAAUCUCCGGCCACUUCCUCGGCUAUGGCGCAGCUGGCUCAUACUCCUCCUACAAACUUUGGCACUUCCUACGAGAAUAGACAUUUUGGAAAGCGACAGCGAUCAGGGAGCGUCUCUGGGCGCCUUCGGUCCGCAUCUGAUUUGGAAGAAAAGGGACUGAUCGACAGAAACCAAAAGGGUAUUCUCAAAGACUUGAUAAUAUGCGGCGACGAAGAAUUGCAAAAAGCACUAGACAAGUACGAAACUGGCGACCCGGCAGAAUUGGAACACAUGAUAAAAAGUGGAGCUCUGCAAAAUAAGGCCGUACCAGACUUGGAUUUGUUGGGGGAUUUAGACCUAGACUUGGAUUUCUUGACGGUCAAUGAUGGGGGUGGUGAAGUCACAUCCGGUGAUCUGGGAAGGGAAGGACCGGGAAUGUACAGUUUGCCACAGCAUACUACCAACAACACCACAUGUACUGAAACAACAACCGCAACCAAUCAACGAUCCGCAUCCAUGCCAUCCAUUAUGCAGCCUCCUCCUCCUGCCUUUGCCAGUAAACGACAAGCCAGUGACAUGACACACAAUAGAACGACAACAACAACAACAAACACAGCAGCCGGUAGUGCUGCCCCUGUCACUCAUGAAUUCGAUGAUGGCAUUGGUGAACUAGAGUUUACGGGUGGUUUCGGUGGUGAUGCAUACUUUGGUGACGAUGCAACAAGUGGUCAAUUCAUGAAUUCGUCAGGUGAAAAGCAGCGUAGUCUAUCAACGGUCAGUGGCGACGACAAUCGAUUGCGCUCCAACUCUUUAUUCUCCGCCCUCAUCAACGAGCCACGUACGACUGAGAACCACUACACGCAAUAUGGGAGAUGGAUGGACGUGGUACCCGCAUCGAACGCAAACAACAACACAGCUCAUAGUGUCAAUAGCAAUCUAUUCGAUCGCAAGGAAUCGGUUGCAGGAAAGGACCGCAACCACCAGGAAACAACAGCCAAGACUGCAGCCACAACCGUCAGCCGACCUAUUCCAAUCCCAAAUGCCAGCACCAAACAUGAGAGCCAAUCAGCCGCCGCGACAAUAACCUCCACCCCUACCACUAGUCCGAAAAAGAAGGGACGACGCAAAUCAGAUUCCGCAGCCGUGGAAGAGCGGAGGCUGAAAGCACAGCUAAGGCAGGAACUCGCAGAACAGAAACGACGAGAAAAGCAAGAAAAACGAGAAAAGAAAGAGCGAGAAAAGCAAGAAAAACGAGAGGCACGGCUGCUGGCCAAGGCAGAAAAGAAGAAACUCAAAGAACAAAAGAAAGAUUCUUCCUCUGCCAUGGCAGUUGAUGAAGAAGAGAAACCCAUUCAUGUGCCAGGUUCUGGCAGACCCAGAUCGAUGAGCGACCCCAACCUGACCGCCACGAGAGAUGAGUUUGGUCACGUAGAAAUUGAGCGUCCCGAUGGGUGGGUGGGCGCCUAUUCACCAGAGAGCCGCAAAAAGCGUAUUGAAAAGUUUCUGGAAAAGCGACACCAACGAGUGUGGACCAAGACUGUCAAGUAUGAUGUACGGAAAAAUUUCGCUGACAGCCGGUUGCGAGUGAAGGGCCGUUUCGUGAAGAAAGAGGACGAGAUGCUCAUGAGGGACCUGAUGAGCCUGACUUAA